AUGGCGAACGCUCGCCCGCGUUCUGAGCGCGAAAAAAGCGAGGAUCAUCUAGCCGAUAUGGUUGACGAUGGAUUCUUGACAAAGAAACACCCAUACAGCAAAUUUCUCGCCUUUCUAGAUUUCAAGGAUGAUCCGGUUUUCAGCGCUUUCCGCCGCAAGCUGGAGAGUUUUGCUGAACAACAUAACUUCAAGCUGGUUGAUAUGGAAGGGGAUGAAGUUAAUUACUCCAAGACACGAGACGCCUGCGCCCAACAAUUUCUCGCUCGAUUCGGAAAAGAGUAUUGGGGGGAUGAGGUUGAGAAAAGGCGAAAGUACCUAACCACCAACGAUGGCCUGGACGACAACUUCCAAUGGCCAAAGGAUAAGGACCCAAUUACCAAGGCAGUUGUGAUACUGCUUUGGAAGAUCGCUGGGGGCAAGAGCAAGCCCAAACGGGAGUCCAUCUCACAACUGCCCACAACCACACGGCCGACGCAACCAAUGCAGCCUGCCCAGCCAGUUCAACGCAGCACCCAGGCAACCCAGGCAACCCAGCCAAAUAAGCCCAGUCAAACAGGCCAAGCAGGUCAGCCAACCCAGCCAAGUCGACCUAAACAACCAACACAACCAAAUCGACCUACUGAGACAACUCAGCUAAAUCGAUCUACUCAGCCAACUCAGGCUGUCCGGGCAGUCCCACGAGCUCACUCUGCGGAACCGAUAACCCCGACUCGAAUCAAGAAGGAUCUCUCGGCUUCCCCUACCCUUGUCAAGAAAGUCCCACCCCCUCCUCAGAUAGGAAAUUUCGUGCCAGCAAAGGAAAAUACUUCACCAAGCGGAAAGCAAGCUCAUCGCAACCCCCUGGCUUUAUCCUCAAACUCUCGUGAUCAGGUUCAAGCUCAAGCUCAAGCUCAGGCUCCGGCUCGGCCCAAGCUAGCUUCAAAGCCCGUGAAGAUUGCCUUUCCCGAAAACCCUGGCGCUCAUGACCAGCGAACAUACUUUUUAGUCCGGGAAGAACGGUCCCCGGCAAAAGCACGGUCCAUUCCGUGGCAGAUGUUCAGGACUAGUUCCGAGCUGAUCGAUCGCAUGGUGUCCGAGCUGUUCCAUGGCGACGAUCCGAGUGAGUGGCAACUGCACUACGAGCUCAAUCAGUCCCGAUACUCAUAUGCGGUUGUCCAUCUCGUAUGGUCUGACUUGAAAUUUGUGAUUCGUCGAGGCAAUGACUGGGAUCUGCAAGAGUUGGUGCGACAUGUUGGGUGUGGUUGGCACGCCGAUGACCAGGGCAAGAUUUCUGCGGCAGAAUUCCGUGUUGAGGUGACCUUGAAGGAGUAG